UGUCGUUGGGAUAAUAAAUUGCACAAAAUUAUCAUAAAAGAUAUCAUAAAUUUACUGCUUAAUUUUCACAAAGCAGCUUUUUAUUUUCACGAGUUCUAACAAACCACUUGCUAAUAUAAUUUCUACGAAAUGUAGGUGAAAUGAAUUGCUUUUCGUUCGAAAAUGAAGUAAUCCGCAAGUAAUAAGGUUAUCAUGAGGUUAUCUUUCAGAGUCAGAGCCACAGAGCACUCAGAGCACCUACAAUUUGUUAAAACAAUUUGUGGGUACUUUAAGUACUUAUUAACGGCCUGCAAGAUAUGCAAGAAGUGCUAAGUUCAUAAUGAACUCCGGUAUCGCCGUUGUAACCGGAGCUAACAAGGGCCUAGGAUACUCCACAGUUAAACAGCUCUGUAAAAAGUAUAAAGGGACAGUCUAUUUGACCUCAAGAGAUGAAAAACGAGGAAUUGAGGCUUUUGAAAAACUGAAAACAUCAAGCGAUAACUUAUAUUAUUAUCAGCUUGAUGUAAGCGACGAAAACAGUAUAAAAGAUUUCUGCAAGCAUUUAGAAAAAGAACGAAAAACAAUUGACAUACUUGUAAACAAUGCAGGAGUUCUAUUUCUGAAGGAUUCCAAAGAGCCAAAAUUGUAUCAAGCUGAACAAACCGUAUUGAUUAAUUUCUUUGCCCUUGUUAAUUUUACGGAAGCAGUUUUGCCAUUUAUAAACGAUAAUGCUACUAUUGUAAAUAUCUCGAGUUCUUCAGGUCACUUGUCUAGAGUCUCAGACUCGUUAAGGAGUAGAAUAAGCGAUCAGAAUCUAAGUUUGGAUGGUUUGAAAGAUUUAAUGAAAGAGUACAUAGAUGAUGUGAAACUAAAUAAAGAAGACGUAGAUAAGGAUUGGGGAGAAUCCCCAUACGUAAUCUCAAAAGUCGCCGUAAAUGCUUACACGUUUCAACUUAAUCGGAGAUUGCAAAAUAGAGGUAUCCGAGUAAACUGCGUGCACCCCGGCUACGUAAUCUCCGACAUGACGCGCGGCGGCGGCAAGGUGACUCCCGACCUGGCUGCGGAGCUGGUGGUUACGGUUGCCAUGGAAACCGCUGGAGGCGUGUAUGUAUGGUCCAACGGCCAGCGAGUUCCGUGGGAUGGCGCAGACCCUAGAGGCUACAUCGAUAACUCCGCCAAAGUUGUAUAACCUUCCCUGUAGACUUAGCAUGGUCACCAUAGAAGCGGUUUCCUUUUUUCCUUUUACGAAAAAAUAGACAAAGUGACGGAUUGACAAAAUAAUCCGCCAUUUUAUCUUUCUUUUCCGUUUCUAAUGUUGUUAUGCUAAGCCUGCUGAUAGACCUAUGCAUCCGUAUUUUCAAGAGAUCGCGGACAGUACAUGCAAACAUACAUACAUACUGGUCAAAGUAAAGUUUGAUAAAAACUUAGGUAAA